AGCUACACCUGUCAUUCUUUCUCCUUCGUCGAUCUCACUCUCCUUCGAUCACCAGGCUGGUAAAGCCAUGAGACUCCGAGAUCUCCUCCUGCCAAUUGCUCUCGUGGCCCUCUCCUAUAUAGCCGAGCGCACCACACUCCUUGAGGCUUCGCGAAGAAAUUAACAAGCCUCCACCGACACACACGCGCACACGAACACGCACCAGCAGCCGCGCGUCGUCAUUCAUUUCAGCCAAGCCAGAGCCGGCAAAUUAAGCCGUCCAGAGCGCGGGGCCCGCCCUCCGCUUCACCAGCCACCGCUCGCCGCCGCAGCCCGCAGGCGUACAUUUAUAUACGCGCGGCCGGCCGGCGGCAGGCUGUACUGUACAUAUAGGAGCGGCGCGCGCGUGUAUCCAGAGAGGGAGAUCGAUCGACUGAGUACAUAUAUAUAUCGGAGAUCUUUCGAUCGAAGAAACAAUGCAGGCUGCCGGCGGCCGGUGCGCGGCGCUUUUGGUGCUGGCUUGGUCGGCGUGGUGCUGCGGCGCGCAGCUGGCGGAGAAGUACUACGACGGCAAGUGCGGGAACGGGACGAGCGUGGAGGCCAUCAUCCAGGGCGCCGUCAAGGCCCGCCUCGCCUGGGACCAGCGCAUCGUCGCCGGGCUCCUCCACAUGCAGUUCCACGACUGCUUCGUCGAAGGGUGCGACGCGUCGCUGCUGCUGGACGGGCCGAGCUCGGAGAAGACGGCGCCGCAGAACAGCGGCAUCUUCGGCUUCGACUUCAUCGACGACGUCAAGUCCCUCCUCGAGGCGCAGUGCCCCGGAGUCGUCUCCUGCGCCGACAUCAUCAUCGCCGCAACCAGGGACGCCGUCGCUCUGUGUGGAGGGCCGAGCUACUCGGUGCAGCUGGGCAGGCUGGACGGCAAGUCGUCGGCGGCGUGGAUGUGCAGCGACCUGCCGUCGCCGCACAUCGGCAUCCCCAAGGCCAUUGACGUAUUCGCCAAGAAGGGAUUCAACGCCUUCGAGAUGGUCACGCUCAUGGGCGCGCACACGGUGGGGGUGACCCACUGCUCGGUGAUUAUGGACCGGCUAUUCAACUUCAACGGCACGGGUGCGACAGACCCAUCCAUGGACCCGGGCUACGCGUGGGUCCUCAAAACCUUCGCCUGUCCCAAGGGCCAGCCCUUCGACAACAUCGUCUACCUCGAUGACCCUUCCAGCAUCCUCACCGUCGACAAGAGCUACUUCAAGCAGAUCUUCCUCGGUCGCGGCGUGCUCCCCGUUGACCAGGAGCUCCGCGACGACCCCACCACCGGCUGGAUGAUCAAGUUCUUCGCCACCACCGACUUCUUCAACUCCAUGUUCGGCUACGCGCUCAACAAGCUCGCCGCCCUCGAUGUCAAGACCGGCGCCGACGGCGAGAUCAGGACCAACUGCCGCGUCACAAACUGAUAGUAUUACUUAAAAAGAUAUACGGAGUACUCUAUUUUUGCUAGGAAUUAAAAUCAGCAAAGUAUAUGCAUAUAUGCAUGGCCGCCACACACCAACCCUUGAGGGAGGGGAUCGACCGUCCCACAUUCAUUUUUUCUUUCUUUCUUUUCCUUCUUCCAAUGGUCGAUCGAAUGAUUCUUCUACAUAGUCAGUACGAUUCGAGUAGUUUUUCUUAUGAUUCUUUUGUACGUUGUAUGGUAUAAAAAUAAGCACUACAGUACCGUUGUUUAAUUGCCCA